AUUUUAUUCAGCGACUUUUCCCGGAAGCGGAAGUGAUGUCGAAGGGAAGUGCUUGAUGUAAGCGCGGGCGGGCGAAGUGUUUUUCUGAGUUUAUCAGAGCAACCCUGAAGGCAAGAUGAUAGAUCCAAUAGAAGGCAAUUUGUUUGAUCUUCCUGAUUAUGAACAAAUCCAGGAUGAGACAUUUCUACCUCUACCUCCUCCAGACUCUCCAGGAGAUCUUGAAGGCAACCUAGUCAAUGGAGAGCCAGAGGGAAACAAAUUGUCACAAACCAAAGAUUCCUCUGUGACUACCAGGAAAGCUGUUAAAAGACCGGUGCCUAAACUAGAUGCUCAAAGGUUAGCUUCAGAGCGAGGACUUCCAGCUUUGCGGAAUAUGUUUGAUAAUGUAAAAUUCAAAGGUAAAGGUUGUGAGGAAGCAGACCUAAAGGCACUUGUGAGGCACAUGGAGCACUGGGCUCACAGGCUAUUCCCUAAACUUCAGUUUGAAGAUUUUGUUGAAAGAGUAGAGAGUUUAGGGAAUAAAAAACCCGUUCAGGCAUGCUUAAAGCGAAUUAGACUUGACUUACCCAUUUUGCAUGAAGACUUCACAAGUAAUGAAGGUGAAGACGGGGGAAGCAGUAGACCUAGUACAGCCACUGAAGAGUUAGAUUUAUUUUCAGAAAACCAAAAUGCAAGGGAAGAGUUUGGUUUGCCUCAGAGUACCGUGCUAACAGAAGAGCAGCAGCAGAGGAUUGAAAGAAAUAGGCAAUUAGCCCUUGGAAGAAGACAAGCAAAAAUGCAGUUCAGCAGUCAGCCACAAGAAGACGAGCUGCCUGUGACCCAGCCAAAUGAAGAAUGUGACCCCAUUGCAGCUGACCUGCCCACGGUGGAAGCAGGAAGUAUAUCUUUUCUGACUAUCGAGAAGAUGGAAAGCGGAAAUGUAGAAGAAGAUAAAAGACCUUGAAUUUCUGGCUCAAGUGACUUAAGGAUCCAGAUCUUGAACUAUAUGUGGCAAAUUCCCUUAUUCCUUGUUGUUGGAAGUUUUUUAAUUAGGGAUUUUUCUCUCCACUAUAACUGGUCAUUCUUUCCAGCUCCACUGUUCUCAUUUCCAUGUGAAGCUAAGCCAAACCAUGGUCAAGAGUGAAUGAGCAAGUGUGCUAGUGCACAGAGCAAAAAUUGUAGUUGUUUCGCUCCCCCCCCCCCGCUACAGCACUACCCAGCUACCUCAUGGUUUGACUUAUCAUUCCUUGCAAACCUGACCUUGUGGUUUGUCUCCUCCAGCCAAACUGUGAGAGGUGAGCUAAGAACAAACCUUAGUUAAAGCUCAUGGUUUGUUUGGAGCAAGACAAACCACAAGUCUUGGUUCUCCCAGAAAGCCAAGCCAUGGUUUAGUGUUGCAGCAGAGCUGAGGGAGCAGCAAGGUGGCUGUGAUUUUCACUCUGCGAACUGCCACACUUGUUUGUUCCUGCUAAGCUAUAGUUUGCCUUAGCACUGUGUACAAACCUGGCUGUUCAAGGAAAGGGUUCUGUAACUCAGAAUUUUUCCUUUACUAUCCACUAUUUUGGAAAUAGUGUUUCUCAGUUUAAAGUGAGACGAGUUGAAGCUUGAAUGAAAAGGAACAGCUCCUAACCCUUCAGUACCAUUCACACAGAAGAUGUUAAUAAAAGCUACAUGUAGAAGGCAAAACAAUGUGAUAAUCAUUCCCUAUUAAAAAAUUUUGUAACUUUCACAUA